AUGAAGCAAGAGUUUAUGAGUUUGAAGCAGGGGAAUUGCACCGUAUAUGACUACGAGCGCGAGUUCAAUAAGUUGAGUCGAUUUACUGGUGAGCUGAUUCCAACCAAAAAAGAUACAUGUGAAUGGUUUGUUAAGGGCUUACGUCAUAGACUAAAAGAAAUGUUGAUAGUUUUGAAUCUGUCCUUAUUCAAAGAAGUAGUUAACCGUACUAAAGCUCUUGAGAGAGCUCAUAAUGAAAGAUUUGGAGAACAAAAAGUUCAGAUGUCCAAGAGAACUGGUGCUUUCUCGAGUCCAGUACCAUCAAAGAGGGGCAGAGAUUCUGGUACUUUCCAGUUACUUGAUAAAUUUGUUUUGGUAUUGAUUGUUCCGGGUUCCACUUAUUCAUAUAUUAGUAGCAAGUUGAUUCAAGAAAGAGACAUUCCAAAUACGGCUUUUAGGACGAGAUAUGGUCAUUAUGAAUUCAUUGUUAUGUCGUUUGGGUUGACUAAUGCAUCUACUGUGUUUAUGGAUUUAAUGAAUAAAGUAUUUCAACCAUAUCUUGAUAAGUUCGUGGUUGUCUUCAUCGACGAUAUUCUAGUGUAUUCUAAGUCCAAUGAGGAGCAUGAUGCACAUGUUAAAGUAGUUUUGCAAACUCUACGAGAUAAGAAGUUGUAUGCCAAAUUGUCUAAAUGUAAGUUUUGGCUAAAUGAGGUGGCAUUCCUUAGGCAUGUGAUUUCUGUAGAGGGAAUUAGAGUAGAUCCUCAGAAGAUAAAAGCCAUAUUAGAAUGGGAAAUUCCAAAGAAUUUGUCUGAAGUUCGGAGUUUCCUAUGUCUUCCAGGAUAUUAUCGAAGGAAAGAAAAUGUGGUAGCUGAUGCUUUGAGUUGGAAAAUGUUCGCAGCUUUACGAGCUUUAGAUGUGAGAUUAUCAAUGAGUAGAGAUGGUGCAUUACUCGUAGAAUUAAAGCUUAGGCCAAUGUUGUUGGAUCGAAUCAAAGACUUGCAAAAUGAUGAAGAAUUGAAUAAUGACCUAUUGACAGAAGCUCAUUGUUGUCUGAUAACUAUGCACCCUAGUGGAAAUAAGAUGUAUAUGGUUAUUAAGAGUCGAUUUUAG